AAAAGCCCGGACAGUCCCAGCCGGUGGAUCCGCGUAUCGUCGCACAGCCGAACCUCCUCUGGAGAAGGUCUCUCUGUAGUUGCCGGUUAGCGUCAUGUCGGGCGUUGUGGAUACUAAAUUGUACGACAUCCUCGGAGUUUCGCCGUCUGCGUCUGAAAAUGAACUUAAAAAGGCCUACCGCAAAUUGGCCAAAGAGUACCACCCUGACAAGAACCCUGAAGCUGGAGACAAGUUUAAAGAGAUAAGUUUUGCAUAUGAGGUAUUGACAAACCCAGAAAAAAAGGAGCUUUAUGACCGCUAUGGAGAGCAAGGCCUACGGGAGGGAGGAGGAGGAGGACCUGGCAUGGAGGAUAUCUUCUCUCAUAUUUUUGGUGGAGGACUGUUUGGGUUCAUGGGGGGACAAGGAAGAGGACGGAAUGGAGGCAGGAGGAGAGGAGAUGAUAUGGUACACCCGCUGAAGGUUUCUCUUGAAGACUUGUACAAUGGUAAAACCACAAAACUGCAGCUCAGUAAGAAUGUGCUGUGUAGUGCCUGUAAUGGUCAGGGUGGUAAGGCUGGAGCUGUGCAGAAGUGUGUAGCAUGCAGAGGACGGGGCAUGAGAAUCAUGAUUAGACAGCUGGCUCCAGGAAUGGUUCAGCAGAUGCAGUCAGUCUGCACAGACUGCAAUGGGGAGGGUGAAGUGAUAAAUGAAAAGGACCGCUGCAGAAAGUGUGAGGGUCAUAAAGUCUGUAAGGAGACUAAGGUUCUUGAAGUUCACGUGGACAAAGGCAUGAGACAUGGACAGAAGAUCACAUUCACUGGAGAAGCUGACCAAGCACCAGGCAUGGAACCAGGAGAUAUAGUUCUGGUGCUGCAAGAGAAAGAACAUGAGGAUUUCCGCCGUGAUGGCAGCGAUCUUCACAUGGUUCAUCGUAUCGGCCUGGUUGAGGCUCUGUGCGGCUUCCAGUUCACAGUCACACACCUCGACGGACGUCAGUUGCUUGUUAAAUACCCACCUGGAAAGGUCAUUGAGCCAGGCUGCAUUCGAGUGGUGAAAGGAGAGGGGAUGCCUCAGUACAGAAAUCCGUUUGAGAAGGGAGAUCUUUACAUUAAGUUUGAUGUCCAGUUCCCUGAAAACAACUGGAUUAACCCUGAAAAGCUGAAUGAACUCGAGUGCUUGCUGCCUGCCCGUGCCGAGACUCCCGUUAUUGCAGCAGAUGCCGAGGAAGUUGACCUAACAGAUUUUGACAGGAGUCAAGGUUCAGGAAGCGGAGCCAGGAGAGAGGCCUACAAUGAUAGUUCUGACGAGGAAGGGGGUCAUCAUGGCCCAGGAGUGCAGUGCGCACACCAAUAGAAAGACUACAGACUUGCACACACAUAGAAGCAUAAAAACACAAAAGCCCCAUUGCUAACACCAUUCAAGAUUUGCGACUCAUACAUUUUCCUCCUCCCAAGACUCACAUGAAAAAGAGAUUAAAAAAUAAAUAAAUAAAUGAAUGAAUAAAUAUA